CUGCUACUACAUGAAAUAUAGUUGUAUAGUAUGACUGGUUUUACUUAUUUCCCUGUUGGUGAUAGGUUGUAAUGAUGUUUUUAUUAGAUCAGAGCAUGCCUGUGUUAAUGGGAGGAACAAGGAAGAAGUGAUGUGUGCUUGUUACUUUCGUUCUGUGUUAAAUAAACCUGCCAUGUUAAAGCUUGCACUAGACAACUGGGGAUGGCUCUGACUAGAAUAUGGAGACUGUUACUGUGUCUUGGCACACUGCAAGCUACACUGGGUCAGUCCAAUGUGGCAUGCAGAAACGACAGAGGAGAAGAGGUCGACUGGUACAUUUUAUACAAGUUGCCCAAAUCUAAAGGUGAUGGGCUGAAUUACUUGUACAUGGAUGAAAGAACACAAGGAUGGAGGGAAAGCGUGGAGAAGAUCAACAGCCCAAAAGGGUCAAUGGCCAACACUCUCACACCUCUUUUUGACUACUACAAGAAAAAGACUGAAGGAUUUGGGUUUAUGCUCUACAAUGAUCAGCCUCCAAAAGGUCUUAAACCUGCCCCAGCAUCUUUUGGGCACGCUAAAGGGGUUGUGAUGUUGAACAAAACAUCUGGAGUCUGGCUGGCUCACAGUACACCACAGUUUCCUUCAUACCAAAGUGAAAUGUUUUGGCCAAGCAGCGGGACAAACAAUGCUCAGACCUUCUUCUGUGUAACUUAUGCUUAUAGUGAAUUUAAAAAAAUAGGUGUCCAUCUUAAAUACAUCCAUGCAUUCCCAUUUGAUUCUGUAUUCCCAACAUAUUUUUAUGACGAGCUAAAAUGUGUUGCACAAAGAAGUUGCUACCCAAAAGCCAAGCCUUGGUUUAAGGUCACAGAGCUGAUUUCACUGAAAGGACACCAUUUCAAGAGCUUUGCAAAAUACACACGAUUUAAUGAUGAUCUUUAUGCUGGCCUUAUUGUGAACUUCACAAAACAGAAUAUAUAUGUGAAGAGUUGGGGAAGUAUGCGUCAACCAUUGCCAUCAAACUGCACUCAAAUCAUCCCUCAUUUUGUGUACAACAUUAAAGAGGUGAAUCCUCACAGGAAGGGGUCCUUCCCUGACACUGUGGACCACUCAAAGUGGUGUGUGACAGCUACAGGGGACUUUACCUGUGUGGCUGAUAUGAACAGGGAGGUCUCUCAGAUGGGCAGAGGUGGAGGGGCAGUGUGCACUGAUGACACCAAUGUCGGGGAAGCAUUCCUCACAGCUGUUUACAAGACCCAGCCAUGUGACGACCCACAACUUCCCGCUGAAAAUGGAGAACAUAACGACAAAAAGUGAACAAUGACAAAAUUAAGUAGCCUACAUUAUGUUUAUGUAUACCUUUAUCAUACACUCUUCGAAAUGAUUGUGUUUUAAAUUGUGUUGAACUCACACUGUUGUUGUUGCUGCGGCUAUUUAUAGCCUGUAGUGCUGUAGCCUAAAUAAUAUCUACAUAAAGAACUACUGACCUACACAUUACAAA